GGUGUGCUGUGAGAUACUCGAAUUCCACAGUCUUUGGUCGUGAACUUGCUCUUCCCUUUUGCAUACGAAGUACAUACAUCCCGAUGUGUCCCGGAUGGCCUUCAACAGCUUCUUCCGUAAGGUAUACUGGACUCUUGCGGGAUGCGGCCUGAUAUAUGCCUUGAUGAUCGGGGCCUUGACACAUCCUACAGUCCAAAGGAACGCAACUUAUGCUCAUAAUAUCAAUCCGACAUAUUUCCAGGAUCUGAACAAUACUGAGCAAUUUGGCUUUUUGCGUCAUCAGAUUCAGCCCUUUACAAUUACGACUCGGGACAACGUCACCCUUUUUGCCUGGCACAUUCUUCCCCUUCAUCUUUAUCGGCGACACGAGCAAUCGUUGAAGACCCAAGAAAACUUUGGGCUCAAACCCUGGAAUGAAGCCAGAAAGACCGAAGGCAUCAGACUCCUCCGAGAGGAUCCUGAUGCAACGAUUGUGCUAAGCUUCCACGGGAAUGCGGCUCACCUUGCCUCGGCGUAUCGUCCUCCUACCUAUCAACAAAUCUUGAGCAGCUCGACGGCAGAUAAGCCUGUCCAUGUCAUUACUUUCGACUAUCGAGGGUUUGGUCUGAGCACGGGCAGCCCGACCGAAGAUGGGGUAGUCGAAGACUCGAUCGCAAUACUGUCUGCCCUCACAGGACUUGAUUGUGAUAGCAACAACGCAGAGAAAGGGGUAGACCCAUCUCGGAUUAUUCUUUUUGGCCAGUCGAUGGGAACUUUCAUAGCCACUGCUACCUAUCAUGAAUGGGUACUGAAGCUGGGACGGGCGCCGUUCAAGGCCCUGGUACUCAUUGCCAGCUUCACGUCGUUGAGAGAGCUUCUCGAAAGUUAUUCCAUCAAGGGACUUACACCCCCCUUACUGUCUCCAUUACUUCCUUACCCUCGCCUUCAGCAGUGGAUUCUCGGCAAGAUCGUGGACAAGUGGGAAACAACAGAUAAAUUGGCAGAACUCGGCGCCAAUCCCGACGUUCAGCUACGCUUAACAAUGCUGCAUGCUCGCGACGAUUGGGAAAUCCCAUGGCGCCAAGGACGUGCGAGCUGGGACAGAGUGCUGCAAGUCGCGUCUAAGGGGGAUAUUGACUUCUCCAGGAAUCUCGACCACGAAGAGUGGAAGAGCGCGGAUGGUAAGAAGCAGUUUCAAUGGGAGCGCCUUCGACACGGAGGGCACAAUAAAAUCCCUACCAGUGAACACGCCAAACUCAUUCUGAUGAGACUGAUAGACGGCGAGUACUAG